AUGCCGCUAUCUGACUUCACAUUAGCCUUGUCUGUGCUGAACUUCGUUGGAAGUGUCCUGUCUUCAAUCGGGUCGGGCUUUAUCAUUGUCUGCUACCUAGUCUUACCCAUCCGGCGCCACUUUCGGCAUGUCCUCAUCCUCAAUCUGGCUAUUGCUGAUUUCAUCAAUGCUACCAAUAACUCUGCUUCGGGAUCCCUCAUCUUGAUUAGGAGGGAAAACCUCUCACAUGGACCAGCCUGUAUUCUCAACGGGUUCGUCACUCAGAUUAGUGUUCAGGCCACCGACACGGCUAUCCUCGCUAUCACCAUCACUACAGUCUAUAUAAUCACCAGGAUAUCACAUUCUCAUGCGAUUCAAACUGAAUGGUCAAAUCGUGCCAUUGUGUUAACCUGCAUCGCGAUAUGGAUUCUCCCCGCAAUUACGAGCUUCCUUGCUUUGGGAAUGCACUGGUAUGGACCGGUCUCGGGAAACUGGUGUUGGCUUGUCGAGAAGCCAUCUUUCUUACGAUAUGUUCUCACUCAUGGUUGGAGAUAUCUCUUCAUGCUCAUUGAGAUUUGUUUAUCUCUUUAUCUUUAUAUCUUCCUUCGACGACAUUUCCGAGCACUACGUGUUCCUAUCAUUUCGAGCGUGCCAGCCGACUCCACUCAAUCACCCACCUUCUCGCCAAUGUCGUUUACCAAUAGCAACCUGGAGUGCGAGCAGAAACGGGACCUGUCCGAGACUUAUGACACCCCCAUGGACACGCUCAGCAAUCACAAUGCCAUCGUUAUUUCGGCCUCGAGAACGCUACCCUCCACGACCUCCCAGACGGAAAGUCCUCGCUACAAAGCAGUCCACAGGAUCCUACUUCUUAACGCCUAUCCUUUCUUCUACAUCAUAUUAUGGAUACCUGGGCUUGCAAACCGCAUUGUUGAAGCUUCCGGGCAUUCAUCAAAAAUCACCCAGAUUUUGCAGGCGUCUACACAACUCGUCGGCCUCGCAAAUGCCAUUACUUACGGUUGGAAUGAGCGGAUUGCUCGUGAGCUUCGUCGCAAGUAUUUUCGACGUCAUAAUUGA